GUGAUUUCUAGUUGGCUUACUAGAACAUCUGCGUUACAUCACUACGUGUACAUAUCAUGGGAUUGACCAUCUCGUCCGUCUUCCAACGGUUGUUUGGGAAGAAGUCCAUGAGGAUUUUAAUGAUUGGACUUGAUGCGGCAGGAAAGACAACUAUAUUAUACAAACUUAAACUGGGAGAAGUAGUCACAACAAUACCAACAAUUGGAUUCAAUGUGGAAACUGUGGAGUAUAAAAAUAUUAGUUUCACUGUAUGGGAUGUAGGUGGUCAAGACAAAAUUCGACGCUUAUGGAGACAUUAUUUCCAGAAUACACAAGGUCUCAUAUUCGUGGUAGAUAGCAAUGAUCGUGAUCGUAUCGGCGAAUCUGCAGACGAAUUGAAUAAAAUGCUCUCAGAGGAUGAAUUACGUGAUGUUGUAAUAUUAGUUUUUGCCAAUAAACAAGAUUUACCCAAUGCAAUGUCAACUGCUGAAGUUGCAGAAAAAUUGCGUUUACGAGAAAUUCGCAAUCGACCUUGGCAUAUACAAUGUGCUUGUGCUACACAAGGUCAAGGACUAUUCGAAGGUUUGGAUUGGCUGUCGAAUGAACUAUCCAAACGAUCCUAGAAUAUAUGAAAACUCUUUCACAUCAAUCACUCCUCUUUUUUUUUAAAAAACAAAAAUACCCAAAAAACAAAACAACCACUACAGUUACUUAAUUUACACACAAGUACACAUACAUACCUAUGUACAAUGGAUGGUCAAUAUUCUGUAAAAUAAAACAAAGAAGAACCAAAAUCUGAACAACCGAUAUUUCUUCGUUUUCCCCCCUGUUUCUUUCUGGAUUUCUAGGCGAGAAAAGUAAAAAUUCUCUUUCUUUUUUCUUUGUUUGUUUGUUGUUUCCCAGUCAUAAUAUUGCCUGUUAAUGUUAAAUGAGUUAGUUAUACAUAAUAGUAGUAAUUUCUGUAUACCUGGAGUGUGUGUGAUGAAGGGAGAGUUUAUCAGAGGAUAUUCCAUUGCAUAAAGCCAUACAAUAAUACCACUUUAUUCCGAGUGCUUCAUUGCUAUAUAUAUGUAUAUGUAUAUGUAAACUGCUUACUUUUGUUUGUUGUGAAGGUUUAUUAUUAUUAUUAUUAUUACUCUUAUUAUUUUUUUGUUGACACUGAUGACGAUGAUUAUUAUUAUUAUUAUUACCCAUAUCAAUUUUUGUUUUUGUUUUUCCACUUUUUUUUUCUAUAACAUACAUGCGUAUAAUGUAUUUUGUUGAGAUACCUUGUUACCUUGUUCCGUAUGAUUGGAUUAUGUCUGCCUAUCCAUCUGUCUGUCUGUCUGUUUUCAACGUAGAACUUUGCAUCGAUACGCAGC